UACCUAAAUGGCUCCUACUAUCUAAUUCAACCAUUUCUUAGCAUCAGUUUAGUAUAUUGCUGCCUACAUCCCUUCCCAAUCACCCCCCCCCCCCCCCCCCCCCCGGGAACAAGAAAAAAAGGAAAAAAACUUCCAUUUCCAACAUUUAUUUGGGCUGUUGAUCAGAUCCACCCAUCGCCACUGACUUGACUCUUUCCUUCAUCAACUAUGGCUGAGAAGGUGACUACAAUGAGACUCAAGGUUGAUCUUCAAUGCCCCAGCUGCUACAAGAAGGUCAAGAAAAUCCUCUGCAAAUUUCCUCAAAUCCAAGACCAGGUAUAUGAUGAGAAGCAAAAUCUGGUGACCAUCACCGUCGUGUGCUGUAGCCCCGAGAAAAUCCGCGACAAAUUAUAUUGCAAGGGUGGCAAAGUCAUUAAGUGCAUUGAGAUCGUAGUUGCGCCACCACCACCACCAUCAAAGGCCAAGCCGCCACCACCACGACCGUGCUCGCACCCGCCAAUUCCAGUGGUGAUCUGCUGUGUCCUAUGUUCGGAACGGUACGGAGGGGGACCAUGCCGCUGCAGGAACUGGCCGCCUGUGCCCCCGCACGCGUGCGGGUGCGGAUCCCGGUGUAGUCAUUGUGAUUAUUUCAGUGAGCAGAUCACCGGCGACUGUACGAUUAUGUGAGAGGAGAGGAGAGGAGAAUUUGAUAUGGGGUAUGAUAUGCUAUGAAAAGCAUCCAAAUUAAUCAAUUAAUUUUGUUUGGUGGGCGGUACAUGCAUAUGCAUUGAAGCAAAAUUAGUACUAGUAUUGUGUAGUUAGGGCCUUAGGCCCUCAUGGGACCUAUAAUAUAAAAGGAAGCAGAAAAUAAAGUUACUGUGUAUGCGAUUAUGGAGUAUAUAUAUAUAUAGACGUACGUGUGGGGAUUUAUUCAAGUUGGAAGUCACUUAGAAUAAGCUUUUGUAUGUACCUGAUGAAUAAGUUUUCUUAAGUGUCAAGUACACUUUUGUAAAGAUGUUUGAGCUGUUGUCCAAAUA